AUGGAAGCAAUGGAUGCGCUUCCGGACGCCGACGGCGAGUCCGACGCGUGGGAGUCGCCCAUGCAGUGGACUCAACAGCAUGCGGAUCUUACAGUUGACGGCAUGUUGCAGGACGCCCUCCUGAAGUGCAUAAUGAUGCAGGUCCAGCGGAUGUCGGCACAGGACCACGUCGACAUGUCCAGCAGCGUCCGGGCGGCGGUCGACUCAAUGGGCGCUGAGUUCGACUACGGCACUCUCUGGUCAGGCGACGAGGUGACGUCGCAGAUCCUGAGCCGCGUCUUUUUGUUCCUCCAGUCUCAGUUCGGCGUCGUGUUUGCCCCGUCUUUGAAGUACGUGUGCGAGAUCAACGAGACGCGGCGUCAGUUCAUCAUCGACCACGCGCAUCCAGUGCAGGCGUUCUCAGAUGGGCUGGCGCUCUCAAACAACAAGUGGGUUGGCACCAACUGCGUGACCUCGGCGGAGGGCGUUCCCAUGGUUCGCACUCGGUUUCUUUUCGCUGGCUUCGAGUGCGACAGCGUCUCGGGCCUCUUCACUUCGGGCGAGGGCCGGGGCUCCAUGAGUGAGUGCGUUGCCGACGCAGCGGGGCGCACAGGCAAGACGGCCAAAGCUACGAUCGCAUGGAUUAUAACAUCCAGGCCGUGGUUAUCGAUCUUGGAAAACGUCAAGACCAUUGGCCAGAGGAACCUCAAAGCGCUCAUCGCCGGCUUGAACAAACACGGGUUUCACGUGGAGUACAUGCAGCGGGAGGCGGAGAAAUGGGGGUCCCCUGAGAGACGCACGCGGAGCAUCAUGCUCGUGACCCCCGUGGCCGAGACGGAGAUCGACCAGUUCGCCGAGGGUUUCGUCCCGCCUGCUUGGUUGCUCGACUUCCACGCGUUCAUGAAUCGUAUCCAGAUACCAGCCCUCUCGAUUGAAGAUGUCCUUCUUCCCGACGACUCCCCGCUGCUCCAUUCGUUAUCGGCCUCGAUCAACGCUGAGAGGGCUGCGCGGGAGGCCGCUCUGGAUUCGAACAAGGCGAAGCGCUCGAAGAAGUGCCCCGCCGUCUCUGAGAAGCCGAAGGCUGAUAAAAACCUAUGGGAGUCGGAUCACCUCGAGACCUACCGCCAGGCGGGGAUGACUUGGCACCCCAAGUGGUCAGCUGACGACCCCGAUCACGCAGAGUUUCUGAACGCCACCGAGGCGAUGUCGGACCGCAUGCGCGAGGUGGCAUGGUAUCACAAGGUGCAGUGCGCCAAGGAUGGCGCCCCGAAGAGUGUGAUCUACGACCUGAACAUGAGCAUCGGGUGGGUCGCGGUGGGGGCCAACAAGUUCCCCACGAUCACCUGCUCCAGCGUGAUGUACGUGAACAGGUUCAUGAGCGAGAUUGCCAACCGCAAGGCCAGCCGCGCUGCGCUAGGCGACUCGGCGUGCUAA